UGAUAUGACGCUAGUUUGUCGUUGUUUAUCCUAGUAAUAAAUGGACGCCAACCGUCAGAGUGAUUAUUUUUAAUUAUGAAAUUUGGUGCCGUUGCCAAGAUCGAGAGCCAAGAUGCGUUCAUUUCUCUCCGUCUCUAUCUGCCUCUGAGCAACAAUGGAGCAACCCCAGAAACAACACAAAGAGUACCAAUGGCAGGUGGAGGAAGAGGCGGACGAUGCGAAUUUGCAACCAAGGCAAUCCCGCCGGCAUCGCCUCAACAACAACGCUGCUACUACUGAUAUUAUAUCACCAUCUACUGGUAGUGGCAGUGGUAGUAGAAGUAAUAGUAGUAGUAUCACUGAUGCUGGUAGUAGUAUUCAGUCCAUGACUGCGAGCAGAGCUGGAUCUGCAACUCUUAGCUUUAAAGAACAAGCAGAAGAUACUGACCAAGAAGAUGCUGAUGAUAACAGCAUCAGUGAGGAAGUUGAUAAUGAAUAUGAUCACCCAGCAGCGUCCGAAGCGUUUACAGAGUUUCAUGGAGCACGGGAAAAUGGGAAGGUUACCAAGUCAGACAACAGCGUUUACUUUGACAAUGGCCAAGGUACUGAUCCAACUCAUGAAUUUUCUGGAAUCAGAAACAUUGGUCAUGAAUGUUCUGUUUUCGGGACAAAAUUGGGUGAUGAAGAAUUAUAUUCCACAGUAGAAGACUCUGACAUUCCAAAGAGUCCAGGAACUGAAGUCAAUUCACACUAUGGAGAAAAUUUGGAGGAUCGCACCCUCUCUGGCUUGCGUCUAUUACCUGUAGAGAAGUCCUCUGAAGUACAAAGUACAAGUGUUAAACUUAUUAACAAUGAAGCUAGAGUUGAAGUAGGUGUUGACUUAACCGAAAAAAUUAACGGGCAAGUGAUAGAUUUAGAUGUUCAGGCAGUAUUAGAGAGGCAAGAGACACAUGAUUUGUACUGUCCUAAUUGUAAUUCUUGUAUUACCAGAAGGAUUAUCCUUCGUAAAAGAAAAAGGAAAGUUCAAAAUUCGCGCCUUAAAACAAAGCAUGAUAAAUAUGAAAUGCCACUGGGCACCGAGUUGGUUACUAAUCCUGCAACUGCAUCCGAUCAAGGUGAUGAUAUCAAUAAUAUUUUUUCAAGUGGUAGCCCAACAAAUGCAGAUGAAGGUUACAGUGCUGAUAGAGAAGUGGAUAUAUUCAGAUGUUUAUCGUGUUUCACCAUUUUUAUUCCUUCAGGGGAUGGCUUUAAUCUGUUUCAAAAUUUUCGAGAUAGCCAUGUGAAGGAAAAUAUGCAGAAUCCUCAAAAGAUAGCUACAUCCAGCACAAAUUGGUUCUUCUCCCUUUUUGCAUCAAAUAAGGGGGAAAUGACCACUGAGCAAGAAGGUAACAACAUUAAGUCUCAGCAAGGUGGGCUGAAGUCUCUGAUUCCUUCAGCUGGGGAGUCCUUGAUACAUGAGGAAUCGCAGAUAAAAAUAGACCACAGAUCCAAUGUGGCAUUGGGGAAUGAACCACUAGGUGAUCAGAAACGUCUUGCUUCGUCAUCUGAAGGUGCUUCGUCAUCUGAAGGUGCUUCAUCACGUGUCCAAUCAUCCUGUGGCGUAGGGCUUGCAGAUGAUGUGGCAACUGAAUUGUGGGAAGUUGGAAAGGACGUUGUAGAUUCGUCAACACCAGAAGACAUACUACUUGGAAAUUUGUCGACUACUGUCGAAGUAAAAUUAGAUGAUUCAAUACAGAAAAGCAAAACAGACAAUAUGCCACCCCAGCUCAGAAGAGACCAUCCAGCAAUACUAGUUGCUAGCACGACGCUUGUUAACUCUGGAAAACCUGCUGAAGAUGCCUCUCUAAAUCCUCAAAAAGGUGGAGAGGAGUUUCUUGUUCAUUCAAUUCCUUGGUUGCUGACGCCUGAGCAAUCACAGAAAGAGAGAGACCAUAAAUCCAAUAUUGCACAAAACUGUCAUGCUUCAUUGGUACAGGGUGUUCUGUCACCUUGUCAAUCAUUUAGGAAUGAAGUACAUAAAAAUGAUGCAACUACUGAACUCCACGAAAUUGGAAUAGAUACUGUAGUUUCAUCAACACAAGGAGCCACACUGCUGCAGAAAGGUGAAAGCAAUGUCAUAGAGAAAUUAGAUUACACUGUCAAAAAGCACGAGUCAGGGGAGAACGUGAUAGUGAUUGAAGUAGAGCCAGCUGAACCUGCAGCGUCUCAGAGCGCACAAAAUACCGUUGCUCCAGUAGGAGCUGAGAUGUUGCAUCAAAGUGGGAGUCCGAUGAUUGUGGGCGAACAAAUAGGUAGAGAAGUUGGUGAAGCCCAUGAAUGGGAUAUUUUAAAAAGCAUCGUCUAUGGUGGUUUAAUUGAAUCAAUCACAAGUCUAGGUAUUGUGUUAUCUGCAGCUGGUGCUGGUGCUGCCCCUAUAAUUGUUUUUGCAAUGGGAUUGGCAAAUUUGAUUAGCGGACUUUUCAUCAUUGGUCAUAAUCUUUUAGAACUGAGAAAUAACUCUUCUGGGAGGGCUUCUAAUCAAAUGAACCUGCAAGAAGAUCGAUAUCAAGAAUUACUUGGACGAAGAGCAAAUUUCAAACUUCAUGCAACUGGAGCUUUUUUAUCAUACCUCAUUUUUGGCUCAGUGUCUCCUGUCGUCUAUGGUGUCUUGUAUGGCGAGAUUGACAAUAGAGAAUUCAAGCUUGCAGCAGUUGUAGCUACUUCACUUAUAUGCAUUAUGUUACUUGCUAUUGGAAAGGCUCACACUCGGAAAUCACCCAAAUCUUAUAUCAGAACUGUAAUGUAUUACAUUACCAUGGCACUUAUGGCGUCUGGAGUUUCGUAUAUAACAGGCAACCUAAUAAAGGAGCUCCUGGAGAAGUUUGGUUGGUUUGAGUCAGAUUUAGUUAUUACUAUGCCCUUCUCAGAGAAAAGACAAGCAGCACCAGCAUGGGCAUCUCAUUGAAGAUUUUAAGUCAUGGGAUCCUGCUAUAGAGUAAGGAGUUGGUCAAGGAGAUUGAUUAAUAUUGUACUGACCAAAAGACGCUUGCUAGUCAUAAGGAGUCAAAGCAGCACUGGUCGUUGGAAAGGGGUAAAGUCGUUGGAAGUGGGCUUUUACACCUUUUGUUCUUUUAUUU